UGUGAUCAUGCUAGCUGGUUCGCAGUUCUAACGUCGAGUUAUUAUUACUGUCAUUCUGCCUGAAUGAUCGGAAUGAUAAUUUCUUCAUUACGGUAUAGCGGAAUCACGGUUUGUCUGCAUAUUACCAAAACGCAGUAGCCAAUCGGUCAGGCUCGAGACUAGCAUGGACGCCAACAAACCCAAUGCCAGCGAGAACCCGGUAUCAGAUGCAGCUCCACCCAGUCGCUCGUUCUCAGCGGGGGAUAUCGUCAUGACCUUGAAUCCAUGGGUCUGGGCUAUGGGCAUACCUGCUUACAAAAUCCAGUGCGCGGGUUGUUUUUCGGUCGGCAAAAAACUGCUGGUGUGUUCGGGAUGUAAGCUGCAUCAGUACUGCAGCAAGUCUUGCCAGAUAGCCGACUGGAAAGCGGAGCAUAAAAAGGAUUGUGCCGGUCUCAAAGUAAUAGCUGAACACUACAAGUCAGAGACUGAUGAUGACAGAAUGCCUUGUUGUGUCAUUAUGAUCGCCAAGAUGUUACAGAGGAUUCAGCUGAACGUGACUGAAACGCUGCCUGGGUUGGAAACGAUGUCAGCCAGCGAGGUUUUGAAUUUGUUCCCCGAAAGUCCCAACAAUAAGAUCGCCUCUGUGCCUCAGUGCGAAUCUUUGCUCUUUCUGCCCGGUAAUACGGAAUUCUUGAUGGUGGGCAAUGCUCAUAGCGAGGGAAAAGCUAUUCACAAACUGGCGACUAUGAUCGGCACGUCCACGACCGACUUCAUGAGAUGUCUGAAAAUUAUCUGCCAUAAUAGCGUUUACAUGGAGGAUAAAGUCAGACCACAGCGGCCGUACGUCGUGGCUCUAUUCCUCAGUCGCCACGUCAUGCCAUGACCCCGGUGUGCUGGGAUAUCAAUGUGACUAUGCAUGUUCAAGGAAAGCAUCUGGUUGUUAUAGCCACCGAGGACAUACCCACCUAUACUGGCCUUCAUGAUCUUCGCACCAACGAGAAUGGCAAGCCACCGUCCCGCAAAGACAUGUACACUAUGACUCGAGACGAACGCCGUGACCUUUUCCAACUGCAGCACCAAUUCCCUUGCGAAUGUGGCAAAUGCACAACAAACUACGAAGCGGAAAUUAACCCACUAAAAUGUACCACCGUUGGAUGCAGCGAGCGGCUGCCCAGCGAUAACCGAGCGUUAGAACCUUGUCCGCAAUGCGGCGCCCUUAACAGUGAGCGACUGGAACUGUAUCGCAGUUUUGCAACAAGGUACGAGAAGAUUCGCACGGCAGAAGCACCCAACGUCACACGGCUGUCGCUAGAACUUGAUAUCGAUGAUGCCGAUAUUCUUCAUCCCGAUGCACAUCUGCGCUAUGUGUGUGGUUGGGACCGAGCACGUCAGUAUGCGGACGAUGACCGGCGUUUGGAAGAAGGCUGGAGAAUGAUGCAGGAUUUCAGCGUUUGUAUUCGUAAUAUUUAUCCGAAAUACAGCGUUGCCCGCGUAUUCCACCUGGAGAAGAUAGCGGAGGCCACUGGGAAAGUUUUCAAGGAUGCAGUUGACCGUUCACGCGCGCGGUCAGAAGAACCCGACCAAAGACUUCGAUUGGAGCCCGCUGUAGUGGACAUUCUAGCCAAAUUACACGGAUAUACCGAAGAAAUAGCUCAUAUCUUGGGUAAGAUUGCCCCGGAUUCGUCACUGACUCAAUAUGCCGCUGAAAGAUGCUUACAGACCGAGGAAUGGCUACAUGUCCAGAGAGAGCGAAACUCUGAAAUUGAUUCUAAGGGCCAAAGCAAGCUUGAUGAAUAUGGAAAGGAUAUUUCCGCAUGUUGUAAUGUUGGGGAGACCGACUAACAUACAAUAAUCCUUUGAAUGGUUUUUACUGGUAAAAUUGACACACUUCUUGAUGUACAGCAGUCAUUAAGCCGUUACUGUCUUUUCUAAGCGUGAAAUCAUUGAAAAACUGUAAACGAGUAAAA